GGAAGAGAAGAAGGUCCUUUUCCCAGCCAUCUUGUGGCUUCAUCUAGCGAAGUGUUCGCACCAAGCCUCGUAGAAUCGGAGGAAAAUCCUGCUGAAGGGGCGCCAUCAUGCCCGGACAAAUGCAAGAAGGCUUUGGUUGUCCGAUAACCAAUCGGUUCGACCAGCUAUUUGACGACGAGUCGGAUCCGUUCGAGCUUCUGAAGCAGGCCGAAGCGAGGAAGAAGGAGGCUGCUCUUCUCCCUGGUGCCGCCAAGACCGCAGCCCAGGGUGCGAAGCACCCAAAGAAAGAAACCCAGAAAGAAAGAAAGGUCCCGCUCACCGACAAGAAAGAAGAGAUCCAGGCCCCCGUCCCACUCAAGAAAGAUGGUCCCGGCAUGAGGAGAAUGGGGCGCAAGCCAGAGGGUGACGGCCCCAGACCCCAGGGCGGCCCAGGCGGCCAGGGCGAAGGGCGCCCCCCCACAGACAGACGGCCUGCGGACAGGCGGCCCCCUCGUCGCUUUGAAAGGCCCGCUGGAGAAGGCGGUGAGAAGACUGAGGGUGGUGAAUUCUCAGUUGAGAAACCAAUCGGUGACAGGCCCAUGAGAGGACGUGGUGGCGGCGGUGCCGGCAGAGGGGCUCGUGGAGGCAGAGGCCGCGGCAUGCCUCGCAGCGAUGGCUUUGACUCCCGGGGCAAACGAGAAUUCGAUAGACACAGUGGCAGCGACAAAACUAGUCUGAAGGGUGAGGAGAAGCGUGGUGGAAGUGGAUCUCACAACUGGGGCACCGUCAAGGAUGAGCUCAAUGAGCUUGACCAAUCAACCAACACUGAAGAGACCCCUGAAGGAGAGGAGCAUCCACCGGCUGACUCUGAGAACAAGGAGAAUGAGGUAGAGGAGGUCAAGGAAGAAGGGCCCAAGGAAAUGACUCUGGACGAAUGGAAAGCCGUGCAAGACAAGGAGCGGGCCAAGGUGGAAUUCAACAUCCGUGAGGCCAACGAGGGAGCUCAAUGGACCAGAGGGUUUGUGCUGCACAAAUCCAAAGCAGAGGUUAAGAAGGAGGAUCUGAUUGAAACCCCUAAGGUUGAGGAGCCUAAGCCUCAGCUGGAGGACGAGCACCACUUCCGUAAGCCAGCCAAUGACAUUACGGCCCAGCUGGAGAUCAACUUCGGAGAUCUGGGCCGUCCGAGCCGCGGACGUGGGGGACCACGUGGUGGCCGGGGAGGUCGUGGCCGUGGCGGUCCCAGUGGCGCUGAAGCCCCUAGGCCGGUCCGCACAGUAAGGACUGACAAGCCGUCAUCUGCGUCUGUGCCCAACGUGGACGACCCAGAGGCCUUCCCAGCCCUGGCUUAAGCCCCGGCUGCUGCCCUCAGGCCUACAGGAGCCUCCUGAGCACCUCCACUACGAGGCUUGCAUGUUCCUGGAUCCUUCAGCAAAGUGAAAUGAUGGAGACGACUGUCAUUAACCAUGGCAGUCAAUGUGAGGACUGAGUUUUACCCAAUAAAAACAAAAAGAAGAUGGAAAAAACAAAACAAAGUAAGGAGAAAAAAAAAAGUAAAAAAAAAAAAUGAAAAGGACUUCUUGCUACUCCGGGAGCAACUUAUUGGUAGAGGUUUUGUACUUGGAAACAAAGUAGCAGGGAUGUUUUCAUACAGUAUUUUUUUCAGAGGUUAUGCAUUGUCCAUUGAUACAUUUUUGUAAUUGCUGCUUGAAAAUAUGCAUUUUCAAAAUGUAAGUAUAAGAAGAGUAUCUGUUAGCUUGGUGUGUGCCAUUGCUUGCUUGCUUUGAAAUAGGCACCGCAGAGCUCCAACCCAAGCUCCUCGGCUCUGCCACACCAGGUAUUAUUGAUGAAGUUACAGCUUCAGUCAUUGAGAUUUAAGGAUUUUGUUUUUCUUUAGCACUGGGGUAUUGUUUUAUAUUUUAUACAGGUUAUUAUUUUAUGAUCUUAGGCCUGUAAAUCUUGACUAUUUUCAUAAAUUCUUUCAGAGACUAUUUCACAUGGUGCAAAUAAGACACUGCAUUGACGAAAUGGCGCCUAAAUCUGUAUUAAGGGUCUCUUUUUUUUCACAAAUAUUUUUAAGGAGGAACAUUAGGUCAUUUUGGAGGAGCACAUUGUUCAUGACUCUGCUAAAUUUACAUAGAUCCUGAGACUUUUGUCAAUUGGAUUUAUUUGAAGCUGCAGGUUGUUCCAUGUGUUCUGAUUUACUCGUAUUUGGAGUGCUGUUCACAAUCGAGUGUCUCUUUCUCCUCACGCAUUUCACCUCUGAUUACUCACCAUGUGGAAGUCAAUCAAAAGUUUUCUUCAAAGAGUGAUUCAGAGAGGAAGUGUCUUGAUGCAGCCGUAGCCUCCCUCAGGCCUACUGACUGUUUACACACUCCACUCGAGCAUCCUUCCACAGGUGUAAGCCCAGCUUCGUUUGUUUCGGCAAUCUGUUCUGUGCUGAUAUUUUCCUCCACUGUUGACUCGCCCUGUAGCUCUCACAGUGGCACCACUGCAUAAUUGCUCUGAAAGAAAUACAGUUGUUCAUUGUGUGGAACAACUGAAGUGCUCUACAAAUGUGUGAAUUCUAGCCCUGCUAUUAGAGACCUCUGUCGGUAAAUAAAGAUGGUCGAUAAA